CACCGAGCUGAAGCCGAUCUCGGGUUCUCAAAAACCAGCACUAAAUUAGACGGCGCAUAGCAGGACUGCCUGCUUCCUCGUCGUCUUAGUUUCCAUAGCUUCUACCCCUUCCCCCCUCACCCGUCAGUCCGUCGAGUCCUUAGCUGUGUGCUGUUAAAGGGUGCCCGGCUCCUGGCCUUCCAAGCGCGGAUUGGCGCACCAGCUCCGGCUUGGCUCCGCCCCCACCAAAACAGAAAGGCCCACGGAAGUGUCCACAUCUCGUUGCGUCGCGGUGCGAUUCGGAGCUCAGAACGAGGUCGAGCGCCAACCAGGAUGCCGCGACAGACAUGGAGUCGCCUUUUGGGCUGGGAUUGGGACCCCAGGCGAGGCCAUCGCGACCACAGCAAUUGGUGGGAGGAGUCGAGGCAACGGCUGCUGCCGCGCUACCGCGAUGAAUCGAUCCAGUCGGCCAUCCCCGCGCAGGCCGUCACCGAGGUCGCGCUCCGCAUCCGCCACCUGAUCGAGGAAUGCGUCCCCUGCGAGCUCAAGCCGGAGCUGGUGACGAGCCCGCACAGCAAGGUCAUCACCCCCAAGGUCGUCCGGGCUGCCAAGGAAGCCGGCGGCCGCGAGCACGGCGCCUGCGUGGUGUUCUGUCUCCUGGUCAACAAGCGCUGGUGGCGCCACCAGGCCCUGCUGGAGCUGUGGGAUGCCGACCUUCACCAUCUGCGCGCCAUCGCCUGCGAGGUCAUCGCCAAGAAGAUCAUCGAGUCCGAGGAGGACGCCGAGUACCUCCUGCACUCGGUCCUGCUCAAGCGCUACUCCAUCCUGGUCAACGGCCACCCCACGCACCCUGUAAACGUCGUCGAGAAGGCCGUCGACUUGCACGCCCUGCGCGUCAUCGGCUCUUCGGGCUACCAGAAGUGCAUCAACUUUCUCUGGCGCGGCUGGCUGGUCCAGGACGAGGAUGACCCGGCCACCUUCAUCGACUACAGGGACAAGGACAACACGUCCUACGCUGCCCACCUCGACCCGGACCGCAUGCGUUCGCCCAUGUACCAGAACGCCACGCAGAUGCUCAUAUCCUUUGCUUACCUGGGCCUGUACACCGUCGCCAUGAACACGGUCAAUCAAGACGCCGGCAUCGACUUUGUCGAGGGCUUGCUCUACACCUUCACCCUGGGCUUCAUCUGCGACGAGAUCGCCAAGCUCUGGAAGGUCGGCUACCACAUUCUGAACUUUUGGAAUGCUUUCAAUUCCAUCCUGUACACCCUGCUGGCCACCAGCUUCGUGCUCCGUUGCGUCGCCCUGAGCCACGGCCCGGACGAUCCUGGCGGGCUUCGCCAUCACUACAGCGCCCUCAGCUACGGCUUCCUGGCCGUGAGCGCCCCCAUGUUCUGGGCCCGCCUGCUGCUGUACCUCGACAGUUUCCGCUUCUUCGGCGCCAUGCUGGUCGUGCUCAAGGUCAUGAUGAAGGAGUCCAUCAUCUUCUUCGCCCUUCUGGUCGUCAUCAUCCUCGGCUUCCUGCAGGCGUUCGUCGGUCUCGACUACGCCGAUGACAGGGCUGCCGAAGACAUGCUCUACAUCAUCCAGUCCAUGGCCAACGCCGUGAUGCAGUCUCCGGACUUCAGCGGGUUCGAAAGAUUCCGGCCGCCCUUUGGCCUGAUCCUCUACUACUGCUUCACCUUCGUUGUCAUGGUUGUACUCCUCAACAUCCUGAUUGCCCUGUACAACUCCGCCUACCAGGACAUCUACGACAACGCGAACGACGAGUACCUCGCCAUGUUUGCCCAAAAGACCUUGACCUUUGUGCGCGCGCCCGACGAGAACGUCUUCAUCCCUCCCUUCAACCUCAUCGAGAUCUUCCUCCUCGCCCUGCCGCUCGAGUGGUGGAUGGACAAGAAGACGUACGAGCGCAUCAACGACGUCGUCAUGGGCGUCAUCUACUCCCCGCUGCUGCUGAUCUCGGCCUACUUCGAGACGAGCUGGGCCCGCGAGAUCCGCCGCAACCGCGCCCGCGGCGAAGCCGACGACGACACGGUGGAGGAGUGGGAGCAAAUGCUGGGACAGCUGGACUUCGAGGCCGACGGUUGGAAGAUGAAGGUCGACGCGGCCAAGAGCAACCUGGACGAAGAUCCCGCCGUAGUCGAGGUCAGGAGGUUGAGGGAAGAGGUCAAGCAGCUGAAGGACGUCGUCCUGUCUUUGCACAAGGCGCUGGGCGAGGUCAAAGGCGAGGGCGAUGGGAGCUAGACUCGGCCUCGGCCCUCUCCGUCGCUAGCACAUUGCCCAACAGGCCUUCUCUUCGGUUGGAAUCUGUUUACACCGUGACACACUGCGCUUUUGACUAAUCGCGUAUCUCUUGUCGUUUUCAAGACACUGCCGUAAUGGAC